GUACUACCAUUUCACUCACUCCUCUAUCUCUUCUUCUUCCAAUUACUAAUCUCUAACAUCCUUGGAAUUCAGCUAUGGCUUCCAAUUUGCAGAAGGAAUCCACUUCUUCCGAUGAGAAAUCAACAGAAACAUCCGCCACUGAGAACAAAACUUCGAAGCCGGAAGCUUCUGCUGCGGAAUCACAGCCUGCACAGUCUGGAGCUUAUCCUGCCACCAUGCCUGGACCUGGGUUUGUUCCACCGAAUCCGUUCGAUUUCUCGGCCAUGAGUGGCCUUCUUAAUGAUCCAAGCAUCAAGGAACUAGCUGAGCAGAUAGCGAAAGAUCCAUCAUUUACCCAAAUGGCAGAACAGCUCACUAAGACGUUUCAAGGGGCAGCGACUGAAGAUAGUGUGCCACAGCUUGAUCCACAGCAGUACUAUUCAACUAUGCAACAGGUUAUGCAGAAUCCCCAGUUUAUGACCAUGGCUGAGCGCCUUGGUAAUGCAUUAAUGCAGGAUCCGGCUAUGUCUAGCAUGCUUGACGGUUUGACUAAUCCUCAACACAAAGACCAGAUUGAGGAACGGAUGGCACGUAUGAAAGAAGACCCAUCGUUGAAACCUAUUCUAGAUGAAAUAGAGACUGGUGGUCCUGCAGCGAUGAUGAAGUAUUGGAACGAUAAAGAUGUUCUGAAGAAGUUGGGUGAAGCAAUGGUUCUUCCAGUUUCAGGAGAAGCAGCCACAUCUGCUGGUUACUCUGCUGCAGAUGAAGGUGAUGAAGUGGGGAAUGAGGAUGAAUCGAUCGUACACAAUUGUGCUAGUGUCGGUAAUGUUGAGGGCCUGAAAGCUGCACUAGCCUCUGGUGCUGACAAGGAUGAAGAAGAUUCAGAGGGAAGGACAGCGUUGCAUUUUGCAUGUGGAUAUGGCGAGGUGAAAUGCGCUCAAGUCCUUAUUGAAGCUGGAGCAAAAGUUGACGCUCUGGACAAGAACAAGAACACCGCGCUUCACUACGCCGCCGGUUAUGGUAGGAAAGACUGUGUAGCCCUUCUACUGGAAAACGGUGCUGCUGUCACUCUCCAAAACAUGGAUGGGAAGACGGCCAUCGACGUUGCGAAACUGAACAAUCAGCACGAGGUGGUCAAGUUGCUGGAGAAGGAUGCGUUCCUGUGAGUUGGGACCGUCGGCAAGUAGCAUGUGUUCGUGCAUGUGGUAGGGGCGUUUUCUCUGUGCUAUUAGAAAAAAAAAACAAAUUUGCUUUGAUUUUGUAUGCGGUUAUGUGAUCAUUGGCACAGCUCAACCAGUUGGCUUUGCUGUCUGGUUGCUACAUAUAUCACAUUUUUUUUAAUAU